AGUUCAUUUUAUCGAUUAAUUUAAUUUUUAUUUUCCUGAAAAAUAAAUCUAAUUUUAUUAAAAUUCAUUAAUUAUUUUAAAAGUAUGAAUAUAAGUGUUUCGACUUCAUUGAAGUCAAAUCAGACAUAUUUGGCAAAAUACCUGUCCCUCGAACAGCCCAAAGAUGCCGUUCAGAUAACAUACGUCUUCCAACAUCCGGGUGUUCCCGACAGCAAUGGUAACUAUCAAAGCCAUUGGUGCGGCAAAACAAAAGUAGUAGACUUUGUGCCCCGGGAUGCGUCUGAACUGCCCAUUUGGAACAGCGGUGUACCCGACGUGUCGACCACUGAAAUCUAUUUAAAACCCGUCCGACUCUAUAACGACCCGUUCAGACGUGGAAACAAUAAACUUGUUUUAUGUGAAACAUAUACGGAUGAAAUGAAACCAUUAAUAACCAAUUUUAGGUAUAGUUGUAAUGAAGCCAUGAAUGAAGCAAAAGAUGAAUAUCCGUGGUUUGGAAUCGAACAAGAAUUUUAUCUAUUGGACGGUACAGAUGGUCGACCAUUGGGUUGGCCUAAAACUGGUUAUCCAAAAGAUAUUCACGACCAUCAAGUUCUUUAUCAUUCAGCAGUCGGUGCAAACAAUGUCUACGGUCGCGAUGUCAUUGAGGCUCACUUCAGGGCAUGUCUUUACGCGGGUAUUAAAAUCAGCGGUGAAAAUGCCGAAGCAAUGCCCUCUCAAUGGGAAUAUCAGGUCGGUCCGUGUGAAGGCAUACGUAUCGGUGAUGACUUAAUGAUGUCUCGAUUCAUACUGUAUAGAGUGGCUGAAGAUCUUCACAUUGGCGUAACGUUUGAUCCAAAACCAGUGCCCGGUUGGUUGGGUGCCGGCGCUCAUACAAAUUUUAGUACGGCCGCUAUGCGGGCCGAAGGUGGCAUCAAAGAGAUCGAGAGGGCGUUAGAAAAACUGAGUAAAACUCACGCCAAACAUAUGACUAAGUAUGACCCGCACGGAGGCGCUGAUAAUCAGCGACGACUUAUCGGUGCCGACUUUGCGCCAAAGUUAGAUGAGUUCCGAUACGGUGUGGCCGAUCGGUCAGCCAGUGCUCGAAUACCUAAACAAGUGGCUCAAGACGGGUGCGGCUAUUUCGAGGACCGGCGACCCGCGUCUAACUGUGAUCCCUAUCAAGUGACCGAAGCAUUGGUCCGAACUGUUUGUCUCAACGGCAAAGAAUGGGAGGGAAAACUUUAUCGAUAUGUUUAGUAUUUUAUUUUAAUAUAUAGUUAUUGAUAUAAUAUUAAUAUA